AUGCCGGCUGCUAUUACCACUGCUACUGUCCCUACAGAUCUUGCCAAUGGGACAAGCAUUCGGUGUACCGAGUACCACCAAGUGGCUAUUAACGAGAUAUGCAGCCUGCUCACAGUAAAGAUGAGUAUUAGUUUAGUGAAUUUUCACAUUCUGAACCCAGAAGUCAACUCAACAAGCUGCAAUAACUUGAUACCCGGUGAAUUUUACUGUGUGAGGGCAGUUGGAGAUGUUAACACUUAUUCUAGCUAUGAGGGUGCCACUGAGACUAAAUACACCUACUGGGACUUUCCUUCGGCCAUGAAUGCAACUAGUACGUCCAUGGGCGUGUCCGCCAUUACCACACUGCCUGUUUCAUUGGGGACGGUGUCUCAUUGUGCUCAGUACGAGAAAUAUUACAACCCUGGAGCCAACAGGUCCAAUACCUGA